AUGGCCAACUACAAGCCGAUUGAUUUAUCGAAGGAAGAUUUUCGCAAGUAUCUCGACCGGCAGGGCGUGCUCGAUGCAAUAACGAAGGUGCUGGUAAAAUGCAACACCGAUCGGCCGGAAAAUGCGCUUAGCUAUUUGUUGGAAAAUAUGAACGAAGCACACGGCAACCUGAAGACGCAACUAUUCGAAGCACAUCAGGAAAUCGAACGGCUGAAGAUGGAGCUAAGUGCGCUUAAGGUGGUGAGUGGUGAAAAUGGAACGGCACCUUCGACAUCUACGACUUCCGGUGUGAAAGAAGAACCGAAAGAAAUCGAUAAUGCGCCACUAAGCAACGGUACGGUGGAGGUGGUAAAGAAGAGCGAUGACGUGAAGGGUGGGGAGGUGGUAUGUGCAAGCAGUGUGAAGCAGGAGAAAGAUGCGGUCACAACAGCGCCAUCCACUUCCGGUGUGCUUACUACGGAUGAUGGAAAAGCAAAAGAGGUUGAGGCUGGAACAACAGCGGUAGCCGGUAAGGACGAAGCACAGGAACCGGUGGCAACUGUUUCGGCAUCGCCAGCGAACGAAGCACCGGAAGCAAAGGAACCAAACACUGGUGGCGAAAGUAAGUAA